AUGACUGGACAACGUAAUAUCACCCAAGCUGAGCUACUGCAAUGGUCAGUAAUCAAUUCUACUACUGAAACCGAAGAUGCUCCUGCUACAUCAAACCAGAAUGCUCCUGCUCGUACUGAACCCAUCGAUUCCAAAUGGAUUGACUUGAUUCUAGGAAAGGGGGACGCUGUGCGUAUGAAGGGUAAAUUGGAAUACUUUAUGGUUGGCAUGGCAGUAAUUGAAAAGUGUGUCGAGGCUGCUCUGGAUGAAAGCAGAACUGAACAAGUCCGAGUUCUCGCCUGCGAUGAAUUGGAGCUGUUGGUAGAAUCUCUAGAUAAUGCAAACGAUUUGAAAUCACUCAAGUUAUGGCAGCCCAUCAUUAGUCUUCUUUCAUCAGAUUUGGCUCAGUUGCGCAUGUAUGGGGCGUGGGUAUUGGGCACAGCGGUUCAAAACAAUCCCAAAUCUCAAAAGGAUUUCAUGGAUGCCGGAGGCAUCGCUCCUAUUCUCAAUCUAUUGGAAACAGAUAAAGAUGACACUGUCCGCACCAAAGCAUUCUACUGUAUAUCGGGAGCCAUUAAACACAAUAAGCAGGUGUUCGAGGCAUUCUAUGCACGUAACGGAUUUAAAGCAGUCUUGACAACAUUACAAAAUGCAGACAUGAGUCUCUUGCGCCGUGCAGUAUUUUUUUGGCGUGCAUUGCUUCUUGAUCAUGGUGGUGACGAAACACACGCAGACACGACCGUAUCUGACUUGACUGCUGCUGCUAUCAGCGAGUUUGCUGUUAUUAGCAUGGUCAUUCAGAUGAUUGAAAGUGGAGAUUUGGAUUUAAUUGAAAAAUGUCUGCAGCUAUUAGAAACAGUGCUGACGGUGUGUCCUACAAGUGCAGAUGCAGACUCAUUGCAUGCUAUAAAAGGAAAAUUUUAUUCCUUGACUGAACAAAGACUAGCCGAGUUGGAAAAAGACAAAGAAGAUGUUGGCGAAGCAAGACUGCUACUCCAGAAAUUGGCAUGUACCGCAUCGUCUCUAAUACAAUAA